ACGUGUGCGCUGUCACCGGCGGCGGUCGGGCAGGGCGCUGUGGCGGGCGGGGACGCGAUGCUGCCGGAGUCCGUCUGCCAGCCUCUGGCCUGGAACUGGCGACACCUGCCGCCCAGUCUGCCCCGCAACGCCUUGAGAGUGUGUAAAUCCGCACACGGCCACGGCGAGAACUUUUGCGCCUCGCUCGCCUUCGCCUUACUCUGCUUGCAGACCUCUUUGCUUUCGUUCUUCACACUGUCACCGGCGGGUACCGAGCGCGUCACCGCUGUUUGUUUGUCCCUCGUCGACGAUCGGGGGUUCGAGUAUAAGAGCCCGCCCUCGUCAGCGCCCUCCCCUGCGCCUGUUCGUUUCUUCUUUCUUUCUUCCUGCUUUGUCCCUCGACGGGCACCACCAUUCCAAUACCCCACUCUCCCUCAUAAACAUGUCUCUAGAUCGUCGUCACCCAGCCUCUCUCUUGCCCCGCUCAUGCCACGACCCGGCCCUCGUCGACCUCAUGCGCCAGCCGGUGUCGUAUGACAUGAUCCGCUACAUCGCCCUGCAGACUACUCGUGUCAUUAGGCUGGGCGAAGAACCUGCCGCGCCUCCCACUCCCCCGCAUACGCCGCAGAAGGCAACGUUCGAUGAUGCACAAUCGUCAAACAGCCUUCCGUCGCUCGAGGACUUCAUCAUCACCAUCGCGCAGUCCUCACACGUGCAGGCUCCCACUCUCCUCACUACGUUGAUCUACCUUGAGCGGCUGCGGACGAAGCUGCCCAAGAUGGCCAAGGGUAUGCAGUGCACGAGGCAUCGAGUCUUCUUGGCGACUCUCAUCGUCGCGGCCAAGUACCUCAACGACUCGUCGCCCAAGAACAAGUGCUGGGCAAUAUAUGCUACCCUGUUUGACCUUGCCGAAAUCAACCUGAUGGAGAAGCAGCUUCUCUACCUCUUGGACUACGACUUGCGUUUCGACGAGGCGGAGGCUAUUCAGCGGUUUGCUCCAUUCAUGCCCAACUCCUCUGCUGCUGCCAAGGAGGCUCGUGCUACUGCUGUAAAUCGCGCCAAGGCCCGGGUGCAAGCUCAGAUGCCGCCGACUCCGCCUCACGAUGCCAGGUCGUCUCCGCUCCCGUCGCCUGCUGGUUCUCUGUCUGGUGUUCAGCGUCUCAUGAAGCGCAUUUCCUCCCAGUACCUUGGCGCGUCUGGUUCAUCGGCUAGCCCCCAACCCCGGCCGAUUACUCGCGAGUUGUCAAGUGGCUCUGACGCCAGCAGUACUAGCGGUGAAUCCGAGGCCGGCUCGCUCACGUCCGACAGUGGCUCCUCUGCGGCUAGCUCUCCUGCUCUGUCAUCGUCUGACUGCGAGGCUGACAACGUCGAGAUUAAGGAUGCUCAAGCCGACGAGGCCGUCGACAGGAAGUUCGUCCUACAACCUGUCCCGGCUCGCGCGUUCAGGCGGCAAGGCAGGAAGGCGUCGACUGCGUCUACAUCCACCAUCAGAUCGGAUGCCACUGAAGGCAAGAAGCCGUCCAGCCUUGGUAGAAGUGACUCUGAAGGCUCGUCGCGCGCGUCCUCUUGCGCGUCAUCGCCAUCGCCUACUGCUGCGUCCAGCGUUCCUGUGAUCGAUUUCAAGGCUGGUAUGGGUCGUGGACUGCGGUCGACUACGUGCGCCAAUGUGCACCAGAAUCAGUCUUCUUCCUUGACGCCAAGCACCACCAUGCCCGCGAUCGGUCGGAACGUCUCCGACAUGGGUCCCUCCACAGGCGGAAGCUUCCUGAGCAGGAUGUUCGGCUCUUCGAACAAGAGCAGCGACAAGGAGAAGGAGAAGGAUGGCGCUGACAACGGCGACGCUGUGGAACCUCAUGGCGUCAGCAGCGCCUUCCGACGCCUCGCGCACUCAAAGUCGGCGCUCUUCCGCACGCAAGCGCAGGCUGCAUGAGCACUGCUCAUUGCAUGACGACGACGAUCCUACACGAGACUACCCCAACGAACGAACACUCACGCGCUCCUUUGUCUCUCUCUACCCACCUUUCUUUUCUUUUCUCCCUCCGCGGACCCUUCUUUUCUCUUUCGAAUUUUGCGUUUCGUGUUUUGUGCGCCCUGGACUUGUUGGAUUUGCCGGACAAACUACCCCUCUUCUUA